AUGCGAGGUGCGGUUGAGCCGGAUAGUGACGACGAAGAUGGAAGCGGUAGCAGUGCAAGCAGUAGUGCCAGUACGAGUCAAGGAGAUCAUAGCAGCUAUGAUUCGAGUGAAGAACAAGAAACGAGGGUACGAAGCUUGACCAGACAACUUGCUGAAACAGCUGUAGGCGUACGUGAAAUGAGCAAGCAAUUAGGCAGGGCAAGAGUUAAGUCUACCAUUCAAAGUGUCAUGAUCAUUACAAAAGCAAGAGAUAAUCAUUUGAUCAAAUUAACGAGAGAACUGGCAAUCUGGCUCAUGACAACGCCAAGAAAUGGAAGGGAUUCAGGCUUGACUGUGUAUGUUGACAGUCAAUUGAGAGCAUCCAAACGGUUCGAUGCUGAAGGGAUUCGACGCGAUUAUCCUCACCUUUUCAGCCAACCAAAAUCACAAAACGGUAACGGCAAUAGCACCACAUCUGAACAAGACGACCAAAGCGAACCUCCCAAGAGCGGACAAAGCAGUAUGAAUGGAAGUCGGAUAAGCCCUACAAGGGAAGAGAGUCUUUUGCGUUAUUGGACUAGCGAUAUGUGUAGUAGAUCCCCACAUCUGUUCGAUUUCGUUGUCACAUUAGGUGGAGAUGGUACAGUACUGUUCUGUUCUUGGCUGUUUCAACGUAUUGUGCCUCCAGUAAUGCCAUUCGCGUUAGGCUCUCUUGGUUUUCUCACCAAUUUUGACUUUAAGGAUUAUCAAAAGGUGCUCAAAUCUGCCCUUGAUACCGGCAUUCGAGUCAAUUUGCGCAUGCGUUUCACUGCGACCGUAUAUAGGGCAACAUUACCCAACAAUGCUACUGUAGACAAGAGGAGAAGGCGAGCUAUCAAGUCAGGAAAGACUGGGGAGAUCAUCAUGAAAUCAGUACGAGAAGGAGGCUGGGAACAAAUUGAGAAGCCAUGUGACGCUAAUCGAUCUCAAGGGAGUGAUGAAGAAGAGCCUGCUUCACGUUCUACUGAAAGGCCAAAGAGAGAUAAAGAAGUCAUGUGCUUCAGUACACGGCCUGUGGAAACGUUUGAAGUUCUCAAUGAUCUUGUGGUCGAUCGCGGACCAAGUCCGUACGUCAGUCUCUUGGAAGUAUUUGGCGAUGAACAUCACUUGACAACAGCUCAAGCGGAUGGAUUGUGUAUAUCCACACCCACAGGUUCUACCGCUUACUCUUUGUCUGCUGGUGGAUCUCUUGUGCAUCCUGAGAUUCCUGCAAUUCUCAUCUCUCCUAUCUGUCCACACACGCUUUCGUUCAGGCCGAUGUUAUUGCCUGAUAGUAUGGAAUUGCGUAUUGCUGUUCCUUACAAUUCCCGCAGUACGGCUUGGGCCAGUUUUGAUGGAAGAGGAAGAGUCGAAUUGAAGCAAGGUGACCAUAUCAAAGUUACUGCAAGUCGUUAUCCAUUCCCGACCGUAUGUGCGGAAAAUCAAAGUAUCGAUUGGUUCGAGAGUAUCAGCAGGACAUUGAAAUGGAACGAGAGACAGAGACAGAAAAGCUUUGUCGUGGUAGAGGAAGGGGAAGAAGAUCAAGCCCACGAUGAGAAGCCAGGAAAAGAAAAGGUUGAAAAGAUCGAAAAGCAGAAGCAGAAAGAGGAAGAGAAACCCGAUACGAAUAUUCAUCUGGGCAAAGAAGAAGAGAGCAAAGCACUGGCUCACCACAGAUCGCGGGAAGAGGAUGAUGAUGACGACGACGAUGAAGAGGAUGAUGAUGAAGGAGAAGAGGAAAAGUAUGAUAUCGAUGAUACGAGUGCAGCAGCUACGAGAUCAAAUAGUCCGACA